AUGAGACUGCCUGGAUUGAGAGCCCUUUCGCUGCUGGGCGCAUUGAUACCGUUGUCAACUCAAGAAACGGUUCCUGCUGUGCUUAGUAGCCAUCAAUUAACACCUGGGCUUUUGAAGUACCAACAAGACUAUGACAACGCCAAUGUGCUGCCGCAAGAUCUGUUUUUUGACAUAGCCCAACGUUUCAUCUCAAAAACUCGCUCUGAUGCUUACUUAUUCAUAAACAUACCGGGAUUACGAGCUACAGAUUUGAUCGAGCACCAGGAACAGCUAGGGUCGUUCGUAAAAUAUCUGGAAACAAGCUCUACAGCUUUGAGAUUUGAGAACGUGGAAAUGGGACCAGAUUGGGAAGAGAUAUUCGACAAUUUGGUAUCGUACACAGAGGAAGAGUGGGACAUCACAGACAGUAUAGAGCUGUGGAAAAACCAUACGGAGACAUUUGAGCGCUACAUAGAUUGGAGACCCCGGGUUAUUCGCGUCGAAUUUGACCAAGUAUCGUCCGAAAGCAGGGCAGAAUAUUUUGGCUACUGUGACCGCACCAUCAGACAUCUACUGGGACAAAUUCCCUCGUCCGACACCAAGAUCAUUUUGACUUCACGGACAGGCAGUGGUGGAGAAAAUGAGGCAUCAGUCCGUAUUUUCCCCCACAUUUUUGAGGACUCUACUAAAAAAACCGAUUUCGAAAAGAACAAACAUAGCGUGAUGAAGACGCACGAACUGAACACACCUCAACCAAAGUUCACUGGAAUGGCGGAUAUCCGCCUCAGUAUUGUCGAUGCCGACUUUUUGAGCCAGCACGGCACCACCAUAAAAUUGAUUAUUUUCUCUUCGCUGACAUACACGAUUUUCCAACUGGCGCUGUGGAACCGAACUAAAAGACCCUCGCAACCAAAAAAGAAGGUCGUGGAGCAGAAAAAGAAUCAAUAG